AUGUUUAUUCCUCAUUUGUUUGGUCUCCUGGCCGCCACGGCCGGCCUGGCCAAGGCCGUCAAUAUCACCGGCUAUGAAUAUGUUGUCGUUGGUUCUGGUGCUGGUGGUGGUCCUUUGGCCGCCCGCCUCGCCAUGGGCGGUCACAAGACGCUUCUGCUUGAGGCUGGUGAUGAUCAGGGUGAAAAUUACAACUAUACGAUCCCUGCCUACUCUGCCAGAGCAUCUGAAGACGAGAAACUGUCGUGGAAUUUCUUCGUACACCAUUAUGAAGAUGAUGAGCGCCAAGCUCGCGAUUGGAAGGCAAGCUACGACACACCUGAUGGGGGGCUAUACACCGGCCUGAAUCCUCCCGAGGGCUCAACGCUAAAAGGAACGCUCUAUCCUCGUACGGGCACUCUCGGUGGAUGCACUGCUCAUAACGCCUUGAUCGCGGUCUACCCUCACCAAUCCGACUUCGAAUAUAUCUCGACCCUCACCGGUGACAGCUCUUGGACCGCCGAUAAUAUGCGAAAGUAUUUCACCAAGCUGGAGAACAACGGUUACUUGCUUCCUGGGGCUAAGGGUCACGGUUAUGAAGGCUGGUUGUCAACUGAGACCGCACCCCUGAGCAUUGUUCUGGAGGACCCUCAGUUGCUGAGCAUGCUGACCGGUGGUGCUUUUGCUCUUGGUAACUUGACCGACAAUGUCAUGAAUAUUGGUACUUUGCUGGCUGGCGAUGCUAAUGCGGAUACUGAAACCCGUGAUACUGACGAUGGCUACUACCAAAUCCCUAUCGCGACGGACGAUGCCCAUCGUAAUGGUGCUCGCGAAUUUAUCAUUGCCGUGCGGGAUGCUAAGAACGAGGAUGGCUCUAAGAAGUACCCUCUUGAUGUCCGUAUGAACACCCACGUCACUAAGGUGACCUUUGAUGAGACCGCCAACCCUCCUCGUGCCACUGGUGUCGAGUUCCUCGAUGGCGAGCAUCUUUAUAAGGCUAGUCCUAUGUCUGAUUCUGCUCCUGAUGGUGUCCCCGGCUCCGCCAGUGCUUCUCGUGAGGUUAUCGUCGCCGGCGGUGUCUACAAUUCGCCCCAGAUCCUCAAAUUGAGUGGUAUUGGUCCCGCCGAUGAACUUGAGAAGUUCGGUAUCAAGGUGAUCAAGGAUCUUCCUGGCGUCGGUACCAACCUCCAAGACCACUAUGAGAUCUCCGUGCAGGGCAAGAUCGAGAAGGACUUCUCCUGUCUGAACAAAUGUACCUUCAGCAUCCGCGACCAGGAGGACCCUUGUAUCAACGAAUGGGAGUCUCCUAUUCUCGGCGACCGCGGUAUCUAUUCCUCUCCCGGUUUGGCUGCCACUAUGCUCUAUAAGAGCUCUACGGCUGACGAGAACUGGGAUAUAUUUUGCUUCGGUGGACCUGUCAACUUCCGCGGCUACUUCCCCGAUUACAGCAUCAAUGCCACCGACGAACAUAACUGUCCGCAAACCCCCUUUGACAUGCCCAAAAUCACCUUUAAUUAUUUCGAUACCGGUGUCGGUGACUACGCAGCCGACCUCACUGCUCUCUACGAAGCCGUGGAGCUCGCUCGCGAUGCCUUUGAUCGGCAGCUCGUCAACAUCACCGAAGUCCUCCCUGGUGCUGCUGUCCAGUCCAAGGAGGAUAUCGAGACCUAUAUCAAAGACGGUGCCUGGGGCCAUCAUGCCUCUUGUACCUGCCCUAUUGGUGCCGAUGACGACCCGAUGGCUGUCUUGGACUCUAAGUUCCGUGUGCGCGGUGUCUCCGGUCUCCGUGUUGUUGAUGCCUCCGUCUACCCGAAGAUUCCGGGCACUUUCACGGCUGUGUCUACCUAUAUGGUUGCAGAGAAGGCUGCUGACGAGAUUCUCAGUGAGCUCAAUACCAGCUCUAAUUGA